UAACACUGGAUCCAGAGAGACACUACUGAACAGUUCCUCCUCCUCUCAUGAUCUCUCUUAUAAUAUCGCUGAUCGGAACUCAGUAGCUUAUAAAUGAAUACUUUGGAUCUCUGCGUCUGGAGGACAGGUUCGUCUGCAAUUCAUUGUCAAGGCUCUGAUUUGGCAGACCAGACAAGGAAAGCUAGGGUUUUUGACAUGAAGGAAUGUGGGGGAAUCGUACUUCAUUUGAUCAUUAUUUGAACUCGGGUGCAUCAAUUAUAGAAGACAGAUUAUACGGAGUCGGGAAAUUCUCAAGCGGAAAUGGCGUUGUCGCCUGUCACGUUCCUUUUCGGGUUCCUGCUCAUUUCAGUUAUCGCAUGGGUCAUCUUCAUGUUUGCCGCAAGGUUAUUGACCUGGUUUUUGAGCCGGAUAAUGGGAGCAUCUGUUGGAUUUCGGAUUGCUGGAUGGAACUGCUUGAGGGAUGUGAUUGUGAAAUUCAAGAAGGGUUCUGUUGAAUAUAUAUCUGUUGGUGAAAUCAAACUCAGCUUACGCCAGUCCCUUGUAAAGCUCGGGGUUGGUUUUAUUUCAAGGGACCCAAAGCUGCAAUUGUUAAUAUGUGACUUGGAAGUUGUAAUAAGUCCCUCAAGAAAAGGUGCAAAGAAGGCUAGGUCUGGAAGAUCACGUUCUGCUGGUAGAGGAAAGUGGGUGAUUGUGGCUAACAUGGCAAGAUUCUUGUCAGUUUCUGUUACAGAAUUAAUUGUGAAAACACCAAAAACUGCUAUUGAAGUUAAAGAUCUGAGAGUGGACAUAUCUAAAGAUGGUGGAUCCAAGCCAACUCUGUUUGUCAAGCUGCACUUUCUACCGGUUCUUGUGCACAUUGGAGAACCACGGCUUAGCUAUGAUCAAUCAUUUGUUUUUAACCAAGGGGGAUGUUUUUCUGCUGGUCAAAUAUCCCUUACUACUACAGAAAGGGCCUCUGUACCUUUUAUCUGCGAGGAAUUAUCACUUUCUUGUGAAUUUGGUCAUUAUAGGGAUGUUGGUGUCAUUGUAAAAAAUGUGGAUAUCAUUAGUGGAGAAGUCCUUGUGAACCUAAAUGAGGAGUUGCUUUUUAAAAACAAGACUCCGCCAGAAACCUUUCUUCAGGAAGACAUGGCUGGAGAAUCCACUUUGGACUCUGUGCCAGCUAAGAAUUCACAGAAAAAACAAAAUGCUCUUCUAUCACUUAAAAAGUACACUCCUGUGUUUCCUGAAAAGGUUAGCUUCAACUUGCCAAAACUGGAUAUGAGAUUUGUGCACCGUGGGCAUGAUCUUGUUAUAGAGAAUAACAUCAUGGGCAUUCACCUUAGAAGCAGCAAGUCACAGUCCAAUGAAGACAUGGGGGAGAGCACACACUUCGAUGUUCAAAUGGAUUUCAGUGAAAUUCAUCUUCUCAGGGAAGGUGGCACUUCUGUUUUGGAGAUACUGAAAGUUGCCGUUUUUUCUUCUGUUUAUGUUCCUGUACAGUCGACAGCAUCUAUUAGAGCUGAAAUUGAUAUCAAGCUUGGCGGUACCCAGUGCAGUAUCAUCAUGAGCAGAUUAAAGCCAUGGAUGCAGAUUCACUUGUCAAAAAAGAAAAAGUUGGUACUUCAUGAUGAAAGCUCUAACCUUGAGAAGCCACAGUCAACCGAAACCAAGGCUAUCUUGUGGACUUGUACCAUUUCAGCCCCAGAAAUGACUGUUGUGCUUCAUAGUGUCAGUGGUUCACCACUGUACCAUGGAUGUUCACAAUCUUCACAUCUGUUUGCAAAUAAUAUAGCAACAACAGGUGUUGCAUUACAUAUGGAAUUUGGUGAACUGCAUUUGCACUUGGCAGAUGAAUAUCAAGAAUGCUUGAAGGAAAGCCUCUUUGGUAUGGAAACAAAUUCAGGUUCCUUGGUGCACAUAGCAAAGGUGAGCCUGGAUUGGGGAAAAAAGGACACAGAAUCACCUGAAGAACAUGGUUCCACUAAAUCUAAAUUGGUUCUUUCUGUUGAUGUGACUGGAAUGGGUGUAUACUUUAGUUUCCAACGUGUUGAAUCACUUAUAUCAACAGUCAUGUCCUUUCAAGCACUAUUUAGAAGUUUGUCAGCUUCAGGGAAAAGAUUGACACAGAACAGGACUGGGCGUUCUGCCAAACCAUCAGGGAGAGGGACCCGACUUGUGAAACUAAAUCUUGAACGAUGUUCUGUAAAUUUCUGUGGUGAUGUGGGUGUUGAAAAUAUGGUUGUUUCAGAUCCCAAGCGUGUAAAUUAUGGAUCACAGGGUGGCCAAGUUUUAAUCAGUGUCUCAGCUGAUGGUACACCACGAAUAGCAAAUAUAACAUCCACGAUACCUGAUGAACGCAAGUACCUGAACUAUUCAAUAUCUCUUGACAUCUUCCAUUUCCGUUUGUGUGUGAACAAGGAGAAACAGUCAACACAGAUGGAACUUGAAAGAGCCAGAUCUAUUUACCACGAAUAUUUGGAAGAACAUAAAUGCAGUACAAAUGUGACCCUGUUUGAUAUGCAGAAUGCAAAGUUUGUACGCCGUUCUGGUGGACUAAGUGAGAUUGCUGUUUGCUCUCUUUUCAGUGCAACUGAUAUUUCUGCCAGGUGGGAGCCUGAUGUUCAUUUGUCACUAUUUGAGCUUAUGCUGCGAUUAAAGCUAUUGGUUCAUAAUCAGAAGCUUGGGGGGUUUAAUAGUAGUGAUAUAAAGGAAGAGAUAUCAAGUAGGAAAACCUUGGAAUUGGAGAAAGAAACUUUUGUAGAUCCUAGACUAUCCAAUAGAGAACAUAAAAGAAGAGAAUCUGUUGUUGCUAUUGAUGUAGAAAUGUUGAAUAUAUCUGCUGCUAUUGGAGAUGGUGUAGAGGCAAUAGUUCAGGUGCAGUCAAUUUUUUCUGAGAAUGCCCAAAUAGGUGUACUACUGGAAGGACUUACACUUAGUUUUAAUGAAGCCAGAAUAUUCAAAAGCAGCCGAAUGCAAAUCUCCCGUAUUCCUAAUGCAUCUAAUUGCUCAUCUGAUUCAAAUGAUCAAGUGAGCACGACAUUGGAUUGGGUUAUUCAAGGUCUUGAUGUUCAUAUUUGCAUGCCUUAUCGAUUACAGUUACGUGCUAUUGAUGAUGCAGUUGAGGAUAUGUUGCGAGGUUUGAAGCUUAUUAGCACUGCUAAAGUUAAUCGUAUAUUUCCCAAGAAGAAAGAAGAUUCGAAAUCAAAAAGGCCUAAUUCAGCAAAAUUUGGAUGUAUGAAGUUCUACAUACGUAAGCUGAAGGCAGACAUUGAAGAAGAGCCAAUUCAGGGUUGGCUUGAUGAACAUUAUCAGCUAAUGAAGAAUGAUACCUGUGAAUUAGCUGUUAGACUGAAGUUUCUUGAUGACCUAAUUUCUGAAAGUAGUCAGUCUUCAGGUAUUUCUGAAUCAAAUGAAUCUUGUCCUGAGAGAACGGUCUACCAUAAUGGAAUUGAGAUUGAUGUGCAGGAUGCUUUAGCUAUAGAGAGAUUGCGGGAAGAAAUUCAGAAACAGGCGUUCCGGUCUUAUUUCAAUGCAUGCCAGAAUCUAGUGUUAUCUGAAGGAUCAGGUGCCUGUAGGAAGGGCUUCCAGGCUGGUUUUAAGCCCAGUACUUCUAGAACUUCUCUUCUUUCCAUCUGCGCUACAGAAUUGGAUGUAACCUUGACAAAAAUUGAAGGCGGUGAUGCUGGGAUGAUAGAGAUUAUAAAGAAGCUUGACUCUAUUUGUCUAGAAAAUGAUAUACCAUUUUCCCGAUUGUAUGGGAGAAAUAUUGCUUUGCAAACAGGAUCUCUUGUUAUUCAGUUGAGAAAUUACACAUUUCCACUUUUUUGUGCUUCUUCUGGUAAAUGUGAUGGUCGUGUUGUGCUUGCACAGCAGGCAACAUGUUUUCAACCACAAAUUCAACAAGAUGUGUUCAUUGGUAGAUGGAGGAAGGUGUGCAUGCUGCGAUCAGCAAGUGGGACAACACCACCUUUAAAAACAUAUUCAGAUCUGCCAAUAUAUUUUCAGAAAGGAGAACUUUCAUUCGGUGUGGGUUUUGAACCUGCUUUUGCUGAUGUAAGCUAUGCUUUUACGGUGGCUCUCCGCAGGGCUAAUCUAAGUGUUAGGAGUGUUGAUUCUGAUUUUAAGAAUGCUAAUGCUUCAGAUACUUCACAAACUGCUACCACCAAUCUUUCUGAAAGUCAGCCACAUAAAAAGGAGCGUAGCUUACCAUGGUGGGACGAUGUAAGAUACUAUAUGCAUGGAAAAAUCAGCUUAUGCUUUUCUGAGACUAGAUGGAAUAUUCUUGGGACAACAGACCCUUAUGAAAAGCUUGACCGACUGCAAAUUGUUUCCAAUUAUAUGGAAAUUCAACAGACAGAUGGUCGUGUUAAUGUUUCUGCUAAGGAGUUCAAAAUUUUCUUGAGCAGUUUGGAGAGUUUAGUAAAGAAUUGCAGUUUGAAACUUCCUACUGGUAUAUCUGGUGCUUUCCUUGAAGCCCCUUCUUUUAGUCUUGAAGUUACCAUGGAUUGGGAAUGUGAGUCUGGCACACCACUUAAUCAUUAUUUACAUGCACUUCCUAAUGAAGGGGAACCUCGUAAGAAAGUUUAUGACCCAUUUAGAUCGACUUCUCUCUCUCUCCGGUGGAACUUCUCUCUUAGACCCUCUAUUCCAUCAUAUCAGAAGCAACCUUCAUCCAUUGCUAGAGCAGUUGGUUUGGUCCUAGACGGUGCUGUUUAUGAUUCUCUGUGCAAACCUGAUGAUGUCUCAAUUGAUGCACCAACUCUGAACAUUGGUCCUCAUGAUCUAUCCUGGGUUCUCAGAUUCUGGAACAUGAACUAUAUUCCUCCUCACAAGUUGCGUUCUUUUUCAAGAUGGCCACGUUUUGGGAUCCCAAGAGCUGCUAGAUCAGGCAACUUGUCUCUAGACAAAGUGAUGACAGAAUUUAUGCUCCGCGUAGAUGCAAUGCCAGCAUGCAUAAAACAUGUUGCUUUAGAAGAUGAUGAUCCUGCCAGUGGAUUGACAUUUAGAAUGACAAAACUAAAAUAUGAACUUUGUUACAGUCGUGGUAGGCAAAAGUAUACUUUUUAUUGCAAAAGAGAUCCUCUUGAUCUUGUUUACCAGGGUCUUGACCUUCACAUGCCCAAGGCAUGCUUAAAUAAAGAAGGUAGCAUGUGUGCUGCAAAGGAAGUUCAAAUGGCAAGGAGAAGUUCACAACCUGCACCAACUGAUAGAGUUAGCAAUGAAAAAUGUAACUAUUUGGGUGGUUGUACAGAGAAGCAUCGUGAUGAUGGAUUUCUAUUAUCUUCUGAUUAUUUUACAAUCAGAAGGCAAGCGCCAAAAGCUGACCCUGCAAGGUUAUUAGCGUGGCAGGAAGCUGGAAGGAAAAAUCUUGAGAUGACAUAUGUCAGGUCAGAGUUUGAAAAUGGAAGUGACAGUGAUGACCAUACACGAUCUGAUCCUAGUGAUGAUGAUGGAUUUAAUGUCGUAAUAGCAGACAAUUGUCAACGUGUGUUUGUUUAUGGCCUUAAGCUUUUGUGGACUAUUGAGAAUAGAAAUGCCGUUUGGUCAUGGGUUGGUGGAAUAUCAAAGGCAUUUGAGCCUCCAAAACCUUCUCCUUCUCGGCAGUAUACACAAAGGAAAUUGCUUGAGAAGCAGGUACCUGAUGGAACUCAGAUGCAUCAAGAUGAUAUCUCUAAGCCUUCAACGUCUAUCAGCCAAACUGCAAAUUCUCCUGCUCGACAGCAUCUUGAGACUUUAGGGUCAGUCUCAUCACCAUCACAUUCAAUUAAAGUGGAAAGUUCAGUCUCUGUCCCAGUUGCAGCCAAGAAUGGAAACAUUGAUGACUCAGAGGAAGAGGGGACACGACAUUUCAUGGUGAAUGUUAUUCAACCUCAAUUCAAUCUUCACUCAGAAGAAGCUAAUGGAAGAUUUCUGCUUGCUGCGGCUAGUGGUCGAGUUUUGGCCCGUUCAUUUCAUUCAGUUGUUCAUGUUGGUUAUGAGAUGAUUAAACAAGCACUUGGUACUGGAAGCAUGCGGAUUCCUGAGUCUGAGCCUGAGAUGACAUGGAAACGUGCAGAGUUCUCAGUGAUGUUGGAGCAAGUGCAAGCUCAUGUAGCACCAACUGAUGUUGAUCCAGGGGCAGGGCUUCAAUGGCUACCAAAAAUCCUUAGGAGCUCUCCAAAAGUAAAGCGUACUGGUGCUUUACUUGAAAGAGUGUUUAUGCCUUGCACGAUGUACUUCAGGUACACAAGGCACAAAGGUGGAACUGCAGAUUUGAAGAUGAAACCAUUAAAAGAGCUCACCUUCAAUUCUCCUAAUAUAACAGCCACAAUGACAUCUCGUCAGUUUCAGGUUAUGUUGGAUGUACUGAGCAAUCUUCUCUUUGCACGUCUUCCCAAGCCUCGGAGAAGUAGUCUUUCAUACCUUGCUGAUGAUGAUGAAGAUACUGAAGAAGAGGCAGAUGAAGUAGUUCCUGAUGGUGUUGAAGAGGUCGAACUUGCAAGAAUAGUCCUUGAACAGACAGAACGAGAGCGGAAGUUGCUGCUCGAUGACAUUAGGAGGUUGUCUGCUUGUAGUGAUAGUUCGGUGGAAGGAUACUUGUAUCCAGAAAAGGAUGGCAAUUUGUGGAUGGUUACCUGUGGAAGAUCUACACUUGUCCAAUUAUUGAAAAAGGAGCUUGGAAACACUCACAAAUCUCGAAAAGCAGCAUCUGCAUCAUUAAGAAUGGCUCUACAAAAAGCUGCACAACUACGGUUGAUGGAGAAGGAGAAGAACAAAGGCCCUUCCUACGCCAUGCGUAUUUCUUUGAGGAUCAAUAAGGUGGUCUGGAGCAUGCUUGCAGAUGGUAAAUCUUUUGCUGAGGCUGAGAUAAAUAACAUGAUAUAUGAUUUUGAUCGUGAUUACAAAGAUGUUGGUAUUGCUCAAUUUACAACCAAGUCAUUUGUUGUGAGAAAUUGCCUGGCUAAUGCCAAAUCUGACAUGCUACUAUCUGCAUGGAAUCCUCCACCUGAAUGGGGAAAAAAUGUUAUGCUUCGUGUCGAUGCAAAGCAGGGAGCUCCAAAGGAUGGAAACUCUCCCCUUGAACUCUUCCAGGUUGAUAUCUACCCACUGAAGAUACAUUUGACAGAAACAAUGUACAGAAUGAUGUGGGAGUAUUUUUUUCCUGAAGAAGAACAAGACUCACAACGGCGGCAGGAAGUUUGGAAAGUUUCAACUACUGCUGGCUCAAAACGUGGAAAGAAAAGCAUAUCUAUCCAUGAAACAGCUGCAUCAAACAUUCAUUCAACAAAAGAAUCUGAUGUUUCCUCCAAAUUGGGUGCCUCUACAGCAUCCUUGGUUACUUCUGGUGCUAUCCAGACGUCAUCUCACUCUGAUUCCUCCCAAGUAUCAAAGUUGCAAAACUUAAAAGCAAAUAUUGUAUGUGGCUCAACUUCAGAGCUCAGACGCACAUCUUCAUUUGACAGAACAUGGGAAGAGAAUGUGGCAGAAUCUGUGGCUAAUGAGCUUGUAUUACAUGUUCACUCUUCAAGCAUUGCUUCCUCAAAAAGUGGACCACUCAAUUCAACACCAGAGCAUCACGAGGAGUCCUCUAGAAAUAAAUCGAAAGACCCAAAAUUAAUAAAAUCUGGCCGUUCAUCUCAUGAAGAAAAGAAAGUUGUUAAGACUCAUGAUGAAAAAAGAGCUAGACCUCGCAAGAUGAUGGAAUUUCACAAUAUCAAGAUAAGUCAGGUUGAGCUUCUGGUUACAUAUGAAGGAUCAAGAUUUGCUGUGAGUGAUCUAAGAUUGCUUAUGGACACAUUCCACCGUGUUGAGUUCGUUGGCACAUGGAGGAGACUCUUUUCACGAGUAAAGAAGCAUAUUAUCUGGGGAGUCCUAAAAUCUGUAACAGGAAUGCAGGGUAAGAAAUUUAAAGAUAAAGCCCACAGCCAAAGAGAAGCCAGUGGAGCAGGUGUUCCUGAUGUGGAUCUUAAUUUUAGUGACAGUGAUGGAGGUCAGGCAGGGAAAUCUGAUCAGUACCCUAUAUCCUGGCUCAAGCGGCCCAGUGAUGGAGCAGGUGAUGGAUUUGUUACCUCCAUUAGAGGUCUUUUCAAUUCUCAGCGUCGUAAAGCCAAGGCAUUUGUCUUGCGAACUAUGAGGGGUGAAGCAGAUAACGAGUUCCAUGGUGAGUGGAGUGAAAGUGAUGCUGAGUUCUCACCUUUUGCCAGGCAACUGACAAUUACCAAGAGGCUAAUUAGGAGACACACAAAGAAGUUCCGAUCAAGGGGGCAGAAAGGUUCAACUUCUCAACAGAGGGACUCAAUGCCAUCAUCUCCAAGGGAAGCUACACCUUUUGAAAGUGAUUCCUCAAGUGGUUCUUCACCUUACGAAGACUUUCAUGAGUAGGGGAAUCAUGGGAAUUAAGGGUUCUGUCUUUGGCGGGGCAUAGUGCAACCCAAUCAGAGUUUUGUCUCGACUUGUCUACAAUCGGCACUGAGCAAUAUAGAGAUGAAGUUAUUACAAUUCAUUGAACUCGGUGGCAAUUCUUGGAUGAAGAUUUGAUUAUUCAAGAUGUUGCCGAGUAAUCUUGGAAUAAAAAGCAGGCUGAGAUCAGCGUGCAGGGGAAGGUGAUGUAUUUUGAUGGUGAGUGAAAUUGUUUUUCUUUCUGCAUCAAUAUUUGUAUGUAUAAAUUUUAUUGCCCAGCUAGAAUGAAUAUUUCUGGGUUCCAAAAUUCCAUAUCCUUGUAAAUAUAUUCCACAUAUAGGGAAAUAAAAAUAAAGGUCAGAGAAAUCCAUCCAUCAA